UAUUGUUGGGUGAUAAUUUGUGUGUCCAGGGUCUUGGGAGCAGGAAGGCAGCUGGCAAAGCUCAUGGAAUUACAGUCGCUGAAUGAUCUUGGCUAUCCAAAGAGAUACAUUAGAACUCUACAGGUACUCUUUAGCUGCUUUCAUAACUCUUAUUUUUUGUAUUUGAAGUCUUAUGAAGUCCUAAUAGUGAGCCAUUGUGAGUGGCAGAUAUCUGAAGUUGUCAAGAGCAUGAAGGAUCUGAUGAACUUCACUGGCGAUCACAAACUCGGCCCUAUUGAGGGGUUGAAACGUCUUUUGGAGCAGACGGCGACAGCAAAGCUCCAGAUACAGAGAAUGCAAGAGAUGGAGCAGUUGGGGAAUAGUGGAGCGAUGAAUGGGUCAUCUCAAGCUCAGAUGGCGUUGACUUCAGGAACAAUGAACGGCCUUACUGGAAACAACAACAACAACAGCUCCAACAAUCAAACUGUUGGUCGAGUUCCAAGUCGCAACAACAGUUUCACAGCAGCCUCAAAUAACAAUCUUCAUUUGUCAAAAGAUGUAUCAGUCACAGAGCUAUCUCACGGUUUCUCAGAUGACUGUUUCUUCAACAACAGUGAUAUUUAUGGUAGCUUGUAAAUAUCCGAACAGAACAGAGGCACUUCUUCUUUGACUUAACACACACUAAGAGUUUUUAGGACCCUUUUUCUUUCUUAUUUAGGUAGGUUUGGUCUUUGUAUAGAAAUCAAAGAGACAUGAGACAAAAAAAAAAAAAGAAAAAUGUUAUUUGUUGUAACUUGUAACUUAUAUAGGCAUUGAUGAAAUUAUAAACUAUGGUUUUUGCAACCACUUUCAAGGUAACUCUUCUCACGAUUUUAAAUCUGUCUUCUUAGAAUCUAUUUGAUUUGACUCUAUAUAAGUGGGAUCACCACCCCAUCAGCAUGUUGCCAUUAGAACUACAUAUAUCUUCUAAACAAUUUCCUAACUGUUCUAAAGUAACUAGAAAAAAUAUUCUUUAACCAGAAAGAAUUUUAUUCGAUGUGUAGGAUACUUAUCCACAAGUUUUUUUUUUCUAUCCACGAGUUUUCAUAACUCAAUCAUGAAUAAUGGAAUCAUCAAAGAUGAAAUCUGUCUGUAACUCACUAUAGACUCGUAAACAAAGAGAAGAUAUAUAUGAUCAAUAUAUAUAUAUAUAUCCAACAACAAGAAGAAAGAAAAGGAUUGAAUAGAGGACUUCACAAACAUUUGGCGAUCUCAUAUGUGUUGAUGUCAACUUAUUAACAAUCUGUUUGUUAAAACAGGUUUGUAAGUUACUCAUAUCAUUACGGUUGGAAAUGGUAUUUACAUUUUAAUAACACACUGCCUUUAGUACAGUAGUACAUGAUUAUGUCAUCACCAUAUUCAAAAGGUUAAUGGUCUGAUGCCGGAUCAGAAGAUUAAUGGUGUGUUCUUCUCAUAUGACAGUAUGAGACACAACAUCAUCUUUAUAUAUGUGUUUGCUUUUGAUUAGUUUAUUGGUUCGUGAUAAUAUUCUCAACAACCUCAAACUAUCAUAUGAGCAGUGAAGAUGAUGCGAAACAUACGACAUUUGGUUUAUCUUUUUUCUUAGGUCGUAGUACAUUAAUUAUUAUGUUUCAGUUAAGAUUGAAUUGCGUGAUCAUUAUUCUUGGGAAAUAUAUCUAUUACUAUAAUUCUUAGUUACUAGUGUGUGUGAAAUUGUUUAGUUUAUACUGUAUCCGUUAAUGCUAAUGUUUGACGGUAAACUUUAUUCCAUAAUGAUUAUUUGGAGUAAAAUACUUUAUAAGUGUAAAAAAAUAUUCUGUUUGGAUUUUGGAAUGGGUUAAUUUGUGAAAUAACCAAUUUUGGAAAUAAAAUUAAGACUAUAUUAUUGAUUUUGACAUAAUUAGAUUUUAUAGUACUUUUUCUGACAACAAAGUAGUAAUAUAAAACCUAUCAGGAGCUCAAGCUGGAGUCAAAGAUCUAACAUAGUACACAGUUGAAGGGGAGUUUUGAGCAUCUCGUGUAAGUUUGUCCGCCAUUAUAUUUUUUUAUUCUGGAAAUAUGUUGGAGUGAGAAAUAAGACACAAGCUCUUUACAUCGUUUUGUUGUAUUUCCUUCAAAAGGGGCGGGAAAGCUGGCCAUUUAGUCGGUGUAGAAAACAUCUUUACCUAUUGAAAACAGUCUGUUGCAAACAUCACCUCAGUGAACUGUAGAAUCUUCAUGCAAUCAAUACCUCAUAUCAAAGCUUCACAUUCAACAUGGAAAGAUGAUAGGCUUUGAGGGAUUGUCAUUAUGAUCUUACUAGAUGUCUCCCAUGUAAAAGAAAACAAUCCUUGACCUGAAAAUUCAGCUCUCGGUUUCACUGUGGUUUCUCCUUUGUGGCAAGUGUUUGAUUGAGUUUGAUAUACCCUCUUGUUAGAUGCCUUGCUUGUAGUCCCUACUUAGUUUAGAUUGAGUUGUGUUUAGCUUCAAUAUUGCAUCUUUUGCUCCAUGUUUCUAUGUUGUUCUGACACAAGAAAAUUGGUAAUAAAAUUUAACAUUUUUA